UCCCCUAACUUCGACACGGCAGACCUCCACAAGGCUGAAGACAGAACACAGAUUACUUGUCAAGAUGGCUCUGAUUCGUGGCCAGAGUAUGGCAACCAAAGUGGAGUUGCGUGUCAGUUGUAAGAGCCUUCUUGAUAAAGAUGCCUUGUCUAAGUCUGACCCUUGCGCUCUGUUGUUCAUCCAGUCAGAAGGAUCUUGGAUUGAGAUUGGAAGGACCGAAGCGCUUAAAAACAACCAAAACCCAACUUUCUCCAAACCGUUGGAAGUGGACUACUUCUUUGAAGAAGUUCAGAAGAUACGUAUUCGAGUGUAUGACCUUGACAAUGCUACUGCGUCCGUCAGUGAUGAUGACUUUCUGGGACAGGUGGAGGCCAGUUUGGGAUCUAUUGUAUCUUCAUCUCCUUUCACACGGCCCCUCCUGAAGAAGAGCGGGGACAAGGCUGGCAAAAGCACUAUUACUAUCACUGCGGAGGAGAAAUCCAGUAACAACGACAGUGUGCUGUUGACGUUUAGAGCUCAGAAGCUGGACAAGAAGGACACCUUUGGUAAGAGUGACCCAUUCUUGGAGAUCAGCAGACAAGGGGCAGAUGGAAAGUGGCUUGUUACGCAUAGAUCAGAGGUAGUGAACAACAACCUCAGCCCAAACUGGCGGCCGAUGGAACUGUCGUUUAUCGCAUUGUGUAAUGGCGAUGUGAAUAAACCAAUCAAGAUUGACUGCUAUGAUUAUGACUCUGCCUCAGAACCAGAUCUUAUUGGCACAUUCCAAACAACCCUCAGUGAAAUGUUAACAGCUCAAGGGAAAGAGAUUUCGUGGGCAGCGAUAAAUCCGAAGAAACAAAAGAAAAAAGGAUACGCAAAUUCCGGCAUGAUCUACCUCUCAUCAUGCAAAAUUAUCAAAGGAUACAGCUUUCUGGACUUCAUUUUCGGUGGACUACAGCUCAAUUUUACAGUGGCCAUAGACUUUACAGGUUCUAAUGGACACCCUCGUGACCCAAACUCACUGCACUACAUAGACGUACACAGGCCUAACCAGUACAUCCAGGCCAUUCAGGCCGUGGGAGUUGUGUGUCAGGACUAUGAUAGUGACAAGCUCUUCCCAGCUUUAGGCUUUGGUGCUAAAAUCCCUCCAAGUACAGAGGCAUCUCAUGAGUUUGCCAUCAACUUUAAUGGAAGCAAUCCAUUUUGUGCAGGUGUAGGUGGCAUUAUAGCUGCCUACAAGAACUGCAUCCCACACGUGGAGUUGUGGGGGCCGACCAACGUGUCCCCGGUGAUUCACCACGUGGCAAGGUUUGCCCUGGCCUCACAGAAUCAGGAGCCCCAGACUGGAGCAGCGAAUUACUACAUCCUCCUGGUGCUGACAGACGGUGUGAUCACAGACAUGAACGAGACCCGAGAAGCCAUUGUCUACGCCUCCCAUCUCCCAAUGUCCAUCAUUAUCGUCGGGGUGGGGGACGCUGAUUUCUCGGACAUGCAGGCCCUGGACGGGGAUGACGGGGUACUCAGGAGCCCUCGUGGGGAGCCGGUCAAGCGUGACAUUGUACAGUUCGUCCCAUUCAGGGAUUUUAAACAGGCUGAGGGGCACUUGGCAGAGGCAUCAUCUGCGAGGCUAGCUAGCUUUGUGCUUGCGGAAAUACCGAAACAAGUCACUGGCUAUUUCAAGAUGAGAGGUUUGCAGCCCCGUCCACCCCCUCAGCUGGCUGCUCAGCCUCCAGCACAGGCAGGUCAGCCUCCAGCACAGGCAGAUCAGCAGCCGGGUCAGCUUCCAGCUCAGCCGCAGUGAGAUCAGUGUCUAAAUCUUAUCUCUUCAACCUUUUCAUGUUUAAGGGAAACUUUGAAUGCAGUUUAUCUACAUUAAUUUUUUUUAUUACUGUGGUG